UUGGAGCUAUACGGCAUCUGCCAAGAUAUCAUAGUCAUCGGCAAAGGUCUUACAUGCGGCUGCCUCCCUGCUGUAGCCGUGAUUUACCGCAACGACAUUUGGAAAACGGCAUUCAACAAUGUCAGCACUAAGACGAUGCUGUCCGAUGUCUCGCAGCAUGACUAUACUUGGUCUAGACAUCCAGUCUGCUCUGCUGUUGCUCUCCGCGCACUCGAUAUCAUCGACAUGGAGAUGGUCCAGCAAGUGCGUGGAACUGGUAUUAUGAUUGAGAUCGAUGUCAUUUCUGACAUCGCAACGAAUAUGGAGCAAAAGGUACUUCUAGGAUAUGGUAUUGUGCUAAGGGCGAGUACAAAAAAGCAUUGCCUGCUUCUGAUACCGCCUUAA